CGUCAAAGCCGAUUGGAACGGAGGCUUCGCUUUAUUCACAUCUUUAUUCACGGGAUGUUGGGAUGGCAAGUAGAUUGUUUAGAAUAAAUCCAUUAACAUCCAGAUUAACCAUGAGGAAAAAGGAAAAAUGUUUACUUUGCAUGGUUUUUCUAGUAUUCAUGACCAUUUGUUGUGGCGCUCUAUUUUUUGUUCCGGAGCUACGUGAUACAUACUUAUCAAAUUAUGCACUUGUUUGGAGUCCACCAACGACGGUUACAAUAAAUAAACACGGACCCGAAGAUAUUGCAGGGCAGCUUCCAAGGCCAUCAGAGGCAAAAUUGACAGACAUUGUGCCAUAUGAAGACCCAAGCACUGACCCCCCUUUAAAGACUGAGGACCGCCAUGAGGAGAUUAGAAAGCAAAUUGCAGAGGAGAAGAAGCAGUUUAUUGAGAAGAAGAAGGCUGAAAAAGAGGCACAACAGAAAGAAAUUAAGGAAAAAUUGUUAAAACAAGUACCUCAUGCAAAGGAAGUACCACUCCCACCCGGAGGAGGAGAACCAGAAGACCUGGAGUCUGUUAAAAGAAGGUCAUUUGUUAAACAGAUGAUGAAAACAGCCUGGGAUGGUUAUGUAGAAUAUGCCUUUGGACAAAAUGAACUAAAACCAAUUAGUAAAACGGGGCACUCAGCUGGAAUCUUUGGUGGCUCAUCAUCUAUGGGUGCCUCUAUUGUAGAUGCAUUAGAUACACUUUACAUUAUGGGUCUGACUGAAGAAUACAAAAAGGGAAGGGACUGGGUAGCACUGAGCUUGGAAUUCAAUGCUGGUGGUUAUGUCUCUGUAUUUGAAAUAGUCAUCCGAUUCCUUGGUGGAUUGCUCAGCAUGUAUGCUUUUACAAAAGAUGAGGUUUAUAAAGUUAAGGCAAGGGAUCUUGGAAACAAACUUUUACCCGCUUUUAAUACGCCAUCUGGUAUUCCUUGGGGACUCCUCAACUUGCAAAGUGGUGGAGGAAUGAAUUAUGGAUGGGCCUCUGGUGGCCAGUCUAUUCUGGCUGAAUUUGGCACAUUGCAUUUGGAGUUUACCUAUCUCUCGCGAAUUACUGGUGAUCCUAUUUACGCAACAAAGGUUAAUAAAAUACGUGAAGUGAUGCGUUCAUCGGACAAGCCAAAUGGACUCUAUCCUAAUUACAUGGACCCUCGAUCAGGAACCUGGGGACAGCAACACGUAUCGCUUGGGGCACUCGGAGACAGUUUUUAUGAGUACCUUUUAAAGUCGUGGAUUAUGUCUGGUAAAACUGAUUUAACAGCAAGGAAAAUGUAUGAUGAAGCUAUGAAGGCUAUUGAACCAGCGUUGAUUCGGAAAUCCAAUUCUGGGCUGACAUAUAUUGGCAUCUACAAUUAUGGGUCAUUGGAACAGAAAAUGGAACAUUUGGCUUGUUUUGCUGGAGGCAUGUUUGCUCUAGGGUCUAAGGGUGCCCCUCAAGAACUGGUAGAACAUCAACUGGAGUUAGGAAAGGAAAUCACACGGACUUGUCACGAGUCUUAUGCACGGACAGCCACCAAAAUCGGUCCAGAAGCCUUUAGAUUUGAAGGGCCUCAUGAAGCAAUCCCACUUCGUAUGAAUGAAAAGUAUUAUAUUCUGAGGCCAGAAGUCAUAGAAUCCUAUUUUGUACUAUGGAGAGUAACGAAAGAUCCGAAAUACCGAGAAUGGGGCUGGGAUGCAGCGCAGGCAAUCCAAAAGCAUUGUCAUAUUGGUGCUGGCUAUAGUGGAAUUCGUGACGUCACUGAUCCGAAUGUAAACCACGAUGAUGUUCAGCAGAGUUUUUUCUUGGCUGAGACUUUGAAAUACCUUUAUUUGCUUUUUUCUGACGAUAGCUUGAUUUCCCUGGAUGAAUGGGUUUUUAAUACUGAGGCACACCCGCUGCCUGUCUUGGGAACGACUAGCAAACAGAAUUAGUUUAAUAUUUAAAAAGAAAUUAUGAUUGGUGAAGGCUACUCACACUAAUCAUGUACCUGAUGAUCGAUUGGCAGUCGACACCCGUGACGUGUGUUAAGCUAGUCGAUGUCACUAUAGAGGAACGCAACUGCAAGCAACAUUUGAUUUGCCUUUACUGUGUUAGCACACUUUGAAGUACUGCCAAUACAAAUGAAAAAAAAACCACGAUGAAAUAUUUAAUAAGGUUAAUAUAUUUUAUCUAUAUUGAAUCAUAUACAUCUUGUGUUCAAUUAUUGACAUUUGGUUAUAAAAAUUGUUGACGAUUUUGAACAAAACUGAUACGAUCUCAUCAGUAAGAAGCUUGUAGGUAAAAUAUUGAUUCUUGUUAUUAUAGUUUCUUAAAGUUAGUAACAAAACAACUGCUAAUUUGAGCGUCGUAGUCACAGAUCUGCAAGAAGGCUGUAAUUAUGCAUUUGAAUAUAUGGGAUAUGAAUGACACAGACACACAUGAUUUUUGUCGGAUAAGUCAAUGGUUGUGACGUUUUAAAUAAUUUUCUCCAUGUUAAUGUAAAAACUAAACGUCCAGAAGUCAUAAAUCCUCCCAUUCAUUUUUUAGAAACCAUCAUAAUUAUUAUUUCUCGUACCGCAUCUCUGAUCCGAUUUUGCAAUAAACCUCAUUAGGUCCAAUGGCUUCAAAGUUUCAAAAUAUCAUCUUUCCUUGCAUCUUCUUUUGUAUUUCCUCCCCUAUACCAUUUCCAUUGCAUGAUUCUGUAGCUGUGGUACCCAGGAUAGUGGAAACCUCACUUUAAUUUAUUUCUGCGCAUCUUUUAGUAUGUAUUGUAUGAUUGUAAUAUAAGGAUUUCCUGUUACUUCAUAGUUUUUAUCUUUUUAGCUCAAUAUUCUUGCAAUGGUCGUACCCUCCAAAUACCCUUUUUGUAUGCAAAAAAAUUCUUGAAUAAAUGAAAAAUUCAAUGCAUUCUGGUAGUUGUAGUUACGCA